GCCACGUGGUGACCAGAGGGGGCCUACAGGCCACAAAGGGCUGUCAGAGGAAGCAGCCCAGAGCCUGUUUGAAGACGAACCAAACACCCUGAAGAUAACAGGAAAAUACAAGGAAAGUUCCGGAGGAGAGUUGGCGUCUGAGGUGAGAGUAGUUAACACUGGGUCAAUUUGGCCAAAGCUCCUAACCUAGUAAGAGGUGAGACCUCAUCUUAAACUUUAUUGUAAUCCAGGAGCACUCAUCUCAGUUCCCCAUGGGCAUUAACUGCUGCUUGAAUAAUUGGUGGGAGAAUGAUCCUACAAUGCUGGAAAGACUCGAGCUGGCUUUAUGUCAACAGUGAUUUCUGGCUUUUUCUAUUGUGCAGUGUUUGUCAACAGCCGCUACUUUGAGAGCAUCUUAAAACUAGAAUGCAAUGUGUCUUACUUUAAAACUUCCUAGCUUCAGAUUUUCUGGUUUCACUUUAGUUUUUUCUUUUUCUGAUUCCCUAGAUGCCAGUGCCCAAGUCAUUCUCAUACUUAUUCCCAAGCUCCUGGACUUUCACCUUCUGGGAAAACAACAGAUUAUGCCUUCGAGAUGGCUGUUUCAACUAUUAGAUAUGGAGCAGGAGUUACAAAGGAAGUGGGCAUGGACCUACAAAACAUGGGUGCUAAAAAUGUUUGUUUGAUGACAGACAAGAACCUCUCCCAACUCCCUCCUGUACAGACAGCGAUGGAUUCCUUAGUGAAGAAUGGUAUAAACUUUAAGGUUUAUGACCAUGUGAGAGUGGAACCAACUGAUACAAGCUUCAUGGAAGCCAUUGAAUUUGCCAAAAAGGGAGCUUUCGAUGCCUUCCUGGCCGUGGGUGGCGGUUCCACCAUAGACACCUGUAAAGCCGCUAAUCUGUAUUCGUCCAGUCCUGACUCUGACUUCCUAGACUACGUCAAUGCCCCCAUUGGGAAGGGAAAGCCUGUGACUGUGCCGCUGAAACCUCUGAUCGCAGUUCCAACUACCUCAGGCACCGGGAGCGAAACUACCGGAGUUGCCAUUUUUGACUACGAACACUUGAAAGUAAAAACUGGCAUUGCUUCACGAGCCAUCAAACCCACACUGGGCCUGAUUGAUCCUCUGCACACCCUGCACAUGCCUGGGCGGGUGGUCGCCAACAGUGGCUUCGAUGUGCUCUGCCAUGCCCUGGAGUCCUACACUGCCCUCCCGUAUCACAUGCGGAGCCCCUGCCCUUCAAGCCCCAUCACUCGGCCAGCCUACCAGGGCAGCAACCCCAUCAGCGACAUCUGGGCAGUCCACGCACUGCGGAUCGUUGCCAAGUAUCUGAAGAGGGCUGUCAGAAAUCCUGAUGAUCUUGAAGCAAGGUCUAAUAUGCACUUGGCGAGUGCUUUUGCUGGCAUUGGCUUUGGAAAUGCUGGUGUUCAUCUAUGCCAUGGAAUGUCUUACCCAAUUUCGGGCUUAGUGAAGACGUAUAAAGCAAAGGAUUACAAUGUGGAUCAUCCCCUGGUGCCUCAUGGCCUUUCUGUGGUGCUCACGUCCCCUGCAGUGUUCACGUUUACAUCACAGAUGUUUCCUGAGCGGCACUUGAAAGUGGCAGAGAUAUUGGGCGCUGACACCCGCACUGCCAGGAGGCCAGAUGCGGGGCCUGUCUUGGCAGACACGCUGCGGAAAUUCUUAUUCGAUCUGGAUGUGGAUGACGGCCUGGCUGCCCUUGGCUACUCCAAGGCCGACAUACCCGCUCUGGUGAAAGGAACGCUGCCCCAGGAAAGAGUCACCAAGCUUGCACCACGCCCUCAGUCAGAAGAGGAUCUAUCUGCUCUGUUUGAAGCAUCAAUGAAACUGUAUUAAUUUUCAUUUUCACUGAAAGAACUACCCUUGGCUAUCAUAGUUCUGAUAACAGAAGUUGACCUAGCAAGAAUUUUGUCUUUUCACCUCCACAUAUAACUCCCUUGUUACCAGCUUGAAUGUGAUAUAAAUUUAUCCUGUAGAAGAUUCCCUGAUACUCCAAGUCCAGCUACUUCCAUAGGACAGGCUGGACAAAUGCCCACCAUGCUGGACCCUCAGACAGACUUCAGGGAUCCAUGUUCCUACCCAAACCCUGCAGACUGCCCCUGCUCCAUGGAUCAAAAGGGCAAAUACUCAAUAUCUACCAGAAAUGUUAAUGCAUGUACUCUUUGCCCAGUAAUCAACCCCACAUCUAGAAAUUUACCCUGUAAAAUUCUAGCACAAGUGUGUAAAGAAAUAUGGCAAAAGUGCUUCUGGCAGCACAUUUUCUAAUAAUAAAAAAUUUGAAAGAACU